AUGUGAAGAAACUUAGUAUAUACAUUAAUAUGUGUAGCUCCUCAUGCUUUAGAAACACUUCCUAUACAAAACGAUACGUUAUGAAACGAUAGAAUAACAAGCAUCCAAACAUAUUUUUCUAUAAAACCUAAACAGGAACCCCCUUAACAUAUCAAUCCACACAAUCUCAUAAACUUCACAAAAACAUGUCAAACCACUUCCUCAUUUCCCUUGUCACUAUCUCUCUCUUCAUGGUGGUCAUUGCCACUGAGUCGCCAGAGCUGUCAAUCCCUCCUGGCUGUCCUGUGCCCUCCCACGAGUUAAAUUAUCAGCCAAUCAUCGGAAUCAUCAGCCAGCCUGGUGAUGGAGUCUCCGGUCGAAAGAACCAUUCGACUGAAGGUUCCUACAUUGCUGCUUCCUAUGUAAAGUUUAUUGAAUCAGGAGGCGCUAGGGUCAUUCCAAUUGUUGUUGAGGAUUCUCCUAAACUAAUCAAUGAAAAACUUAAUCUAGUGAAUGCAGUGAUCUUCCCAGGAAGGUGGGCUAAGAAGGGACACUAUUUUGAGACUAUCAAAGCAAUUUUUCAGAAAAUUUUGGAGAAGAACGAUGCCGGAGAACAUCUUCCUCUACUUGCUAUCAACCAUGGAUUUGAGCUAUUGAUGAUGAUUGUAGCCAAGGACAAGAACAUUCUUGAGAAAUUCAGUGUAUCAACUCAGGCAACCAAACUCAAUUUUGUGGAAUCUGCAAAUGUUGAAGAUACAAUAUUUGAGAGAUUCCCACCUACAUUAGUAAAGAAGAUGAGUAAAGAAUGCCUUGUGCUACAAGGUCAUAAGUAUGGUAUAUCACCAGAAAAAUUUCUAGCGAACGAUUAUAUAUCGAGCUUUUUCAUUAUGCUGACUACUAGCACAGAUGCACGUAACAGGGUAUAUGUAUCUACUGUUAAAGCAGAAAAUUAUCCCAUAACUGCUUUACAAUGGCAUCCCGAGACAAGUGCUUUUGAAUGGGGAUCAGCAGCAAUUCCACAUACUGAAGAUGCAGUUCAAGUGACUCAACUUGUUGCCAACUAUUUUGUCAGUGAAGCAAGAAAGUCUUUUAAUAAACCAGAAGCUCAAAAAGUACUUGAGAAUCUCAUCUACAACUACAGUCCAACUUAUAGUGGGAAGGCUGGGAAGGGUUACGAUCAGGUUUAUGUUUUCAAUGCUCCUGCUGUGAACUCCCUUUAGGUACAUAGGAAGUGCAUAUGACAUUAUUAAGAAUAUUAGAAUGUAUGAUUUGGUGAUUGAAGGGACUUCUCGAGUUGCAUCUGAGACUAUUGAUGCUUCGACCAAUAUCCAGUUUCAUUUUGAAAAGAAAAAAACUAGCACUCGAUUAUACGUACUAGAUCCACUCCAGUGACGGACUCAGGAUUUAAAUAGAGUGGGUGCUUAUUACAACCAAAAAAUAAAAAAUUACCUCAGCUAGGUUUGAACCCAACCACACCUACCAAUGAAAAGCCUUAAGAUCAACUUAAAUGCUAGUGCACCUAAUCAAUUUCUUGUUUAGCGGGUGCUUUCAUAUAAUUGAUACUCAUUUUCAUAUAUUUUUUAUAUAAUUAUAUCUAUUCCGCGUCGAGU